AUGAACGAGUCAUAUAUAAAACUAAUAAUAUCGAAUAAUAACAAUCACAAACAUAUCGAAGAUGCCUUUAAUUAUAUGUGCCAUGAAUUUUACAAUAAACCCAAUGAUGAAAUAUCCAAAGAGCUAUUGGGCGAACUUCUUUAUAUAGGAAUAAUAAUUCAAAGAAAUGAUAAAACAUGUAAUAAUAUAAAAUAUAUAAAAAAUUGGAUUGACACUUGUAAAAAUCUAAAUAUUUACCCAGACAUUACUCUUAAUGAAAAUAAUUCGGAAAUAUCAACUUUGGCACAUAAAUUCCAACUAUUACAUGAAAAUAUUUUGGAUGAUGAAUUUAAGGUUGUUUCCAAGAGGUUGAUAAUUAAAAAAAAAAAAAAUGGCGAAAAAGACAUUAAUAAAAUUGAUUGCGAAUUAAGUGUUGAUAAUAAUUCAAAUAAAAUAUAUGAAUUAAACCAAACUAAUAAAUUUAAUGGUGAGAAAUUACAAAAAAAUGAAAACCCCAUUGGAAUUAAUAAUUUACAUACAAAUGUUAUAGAAAUAAAAGAAAGCAAAUAUGGUGAUAUACAAUAUGUCAAUAUUGAUAUUAAUUCAAUCGAAUUAUAUCAAAUAAAACAAAAAAAUAAUAAUAUAUUUUUUUUUAUUAACAAUUCAUUUUAUGAUAUGGAAGGAAUAAUAUACCUUAUAGAAUUUCCUUUAUCAAUUUCUCAGAAAUAUAUUAACAAAAAAUUAAAUUUAAAAAUACAAAUUAUCGAAAACAAUACUAUCGAAAAACAAAAACACAGUAAUUUUUUAACUGAAAAAAAUGCAAAUGAUUUGAAAAAUAUUUUUAAUUAUCCUUCUACAUUAUUAAAUAAUAUAAAUUGGUCUUCUACAUUUACCUCUGGAAUUUUACAAGAAAAAAAAAAAAAUAAUAAUAAAAAAAAAAGUAAAGAGGAAUAUAACAAUGAUCAAAAUUAUAAUCAAUCUAAUGAUGAUGAAGAAAAUGACGAAGAAAAUAAUUAUAUAGAUACAGAAAAAAAUUUCCCAUUACAUGUUAAUUUACACAACAUUUGUACGUCUUUACAUAAAUAUGAUGAAUUUAUGCGAAGUUCAAAUAAGAGUAACAAAAGUUAUAAACAAAUAAUUUUGCAUAAACCUAUUAUAGUUAUUAAACCGUUAAAUAUAAAAUGUAAAAUAGUAGAUCAUUAUUUAUAUGUCGAAAUUGAAAAUAUAACGAAAAACCAUAAAAUACAAAUUUUUGAAUUAUUUUCAAGAUCAAUUAAUAUUGAUAAUAAUAUAUUUCCAUUUUCAUUAAACCCUGAGGAUACAUAUUCAUUUUAUUUUCCCAUUAUAAAUUUUGUAGAAAUUAUUACAUUAAAUAAUGUAAAGGUGGACAAAAAAUAUAAUAAAAAAAAAAACACACAAGAAAAUAACAAUAAAAAUAUGAUUGAUUUAACUCUUUUUCCUUGUAAUGAGGAUGAAAGAAAUAACUUUCAACACAAAUAUACCCAACCAAAUGAUGUUAUACAAAAAUAUAAAAACGGAAAUGAAAUUCUAACACUUCGCAUGAAUAAUGAUAAAACUAUUAUUUCACUAUCUUUAAAAUGGUGCAUUGAUAAUUCAUUAAAUAAUUAUAUAUGGUCACAAUAUUUUUUGGAAGAAGAAAUGCCUUCUCAAAAUUUAUUCGACUUGGAAGUUUCAUUUGUUAAAGAAAUUAAUUUUUCAUCUAUAUUAAUAGCUAUUUUUAAUUUUUAUAAUAAUUCAUAUGAAGAUAUCGAUUUAACUAUUAAAAUACAAGAAACGAACAAUAAUAUUAGCAAUCAAAUACAAUCAUCACUUAUAUCAUUUAAUUCCAUAAUCGAGGUUGGUAUUAUUAAACCUCAACAGCGAAAGUCAGUUAGUAUUAAAUUAUUAGCUAUUAUGUUGGGGGCUCAUAAUUUACCCUUUGCAAAAAUAUUCAACAAAUUUAAUGGAAAAACAUAUUUUAUCGAUCUUGGGUCAAUUAUUGUAACGGAGUAG